AUGGAGGACCAGGUUGACCCCGCGGUCAAGCCCGAACGAACCACGCCGGGCGAGGCUCCUGCUCCUGCGCCAGGAACCGCUACUGCAUCGCGCUCGUCAGCGCCGAGGGUCCGGCUUAGCUGUGAAGCAUGUCGCCAGCGCAAGGUCAAGUGCGACAAGCUUAGUCCCUGCACCAGCUGCGUGCGCCUAGGCUUUCAAUGCGUUCCCGUCGAACGAGCUCGUCUACCACGGGGACGCACCAGGAAGACCCCCGAGCACGCGCAUGGCUCCGAUAAGGAGCUGGCAGAGCGGGUGGCGAAGCUAGAACGGCUUUUGAAGCAGGUCGCAGCUGAGCGCGAUGCCGGGUCGCAUCCCGAGGAACCGCCACGGUCCACGGUUACCAGCACCGUCACUGAGCAUAGCUUCGAGAACAAGAUGGCCGAUGUCGAGACCUGGCGUACUCAGAAUCCAGAGCCAAAUACAUUUGUGUUGCCGCACCGGCCACGUCCCUCCACGACCUACAUGGCUAGUUCGUUUUGGGAGGAUAUCAUGCAGCAGACACAAGAACUGCGUACCGUCUUGGAUGACCGUUUGGAAAUUAAAGAGGAAGAGGAAGAGGCCAGGAGUCAACCCGGCUUCGGGGCCUCCUUCGUUGGCUCAUCAGAGACCUCAGACAGCAUGUCUGGCUCACCUCAGUCGUACAAGGGACUUACUAUCGCGCCCCAGACAAGACGGCAACUAUGUGAGAUCUAUCUGCACAAUGUCGAUCCGGUCUUCAAGAUCCUACAUCGGCCUUCGCUGCGGGCCUUUCUUCGCGAUGACCAACCUUAUCUUGACUACGAACCCGACCAUCAUGCCCCCAACACGCUAGCAUGGGCUGUAUACUAUGCGGCUGUCUGCACGAUUGAUGAUUCUCAAUGUCAACUAUUAUUUGGUGUGGACAAGAAAACGAUCACUGCCGACUUGCAAAGGGAAACGGAAGCUGCUCUGGUAAAAGCGGAUUUCGUGACUACCAACGAGUUGACAGUUCUCCAGGCCUAUGUGCUCUCAUUGCUUGCUGCCCGGUGCCAAGAUCAAAGCCGACGGGUGUGGACCAUGCUUUCCAUGGCCCUUCGAGUGGGUCAAGCUCUAUGUCUCCAUAUGCCCGUUCCUCCCUUCCAAGUCAGUCCUUUCGAACAACAGCUGCGACGACGCACAUGGCAGGCCAUUGGCGUUCUUGAUUUAGCCGCAUCUCUCGAUCGGGCUUCUGAACCUAUGAUGCAAUCUGCCUGGCUGGACUAUGUUCUGCCGGCGAAUAUCAACGAUGACGACAUCUGGCAUAGCAUGGACGUGCCGUUCAAAGAGCAUCCGGAAGGUACUUUCACCGACAUGACGCAGACUUCGAUUAUCGCAGCAGCUCAGUCUGUAGCCCGAUCGAUCGGAUUCACUGACUUCAUCGAGCCUACGGUCAGAUCGUCGCAGAAGCGCCAGGAGGUUCUCGAUAAUUUCCGGAAAACUGCAAACACCCUCUUAUCCGGAUGCAGACCUGAGCAAUCGUCGUACCACCUCUACGUGUCGCGGGUAGCAUUGACCAUCUUCGGAUGGCUACAACUGGGGUGUGUUCGGCCAAUUCAACGUGGUAGGAAUUGGGUUCCACCACCCGUCGAGGGAGAUGUGCUCCUCAGCCUGGCUGCUGAUAACCUGCAAAAGUUAAUGGAGACCGCCAGUGACUCUGCGAUGAGGCCGUGGACGUGGUUUGGAUCUAUGUGGGUACCCUGGCACGGACUAGCGGUUGCCCUCGCCGAGCUUUGCGUUUGCAAAGACCCGGCAACGAUAUCCAAGCACUGGCCAGUGGUGGAGCAAGUAUACCACCAAUCGAGUUUCGUCAUUGCAGACUCCCAGCACGGGAUGUUGUGGAAACCGCUUCAGAGACUCAUGAAUCAGGCACGGGCGCACCGGAAGCAAUUGCUAGGAAGCGAGUCUCCCAGCGAAGCACUCCGCCAGGUCACGAUCAGCGAAAUACCGCCCAUGGAGACGAUGCCCCCUCCACCUCCUCCCGCCGUGACCGAGCAGUAUGAUCCGCACCCCAAUUUCAUGGCCGAUCCAACAGCCGUAUAUAGCAUGGGGUUGGAAGCGCCGAACAUUGCUGCUGGCCAGCAACUUGAUCCUGCCAUCACUAUGGCUCCAUCGGCGUUUACCCUCGAACCCUGGCCUAGCGUCUGGGACCAAAUGGAUUUCAUGGCCAGUCCGGGCAUUCAGCCGCAGGCGGACAACAACGCCUGGCUCAACUAUGAGAGCUUCAUGGGUGAUGUAUAUGACAGUGUUGACUGCAUGUUUCUACCCCGACAAGGAUGA